AUGACCAAUGAUUCCACGGACACAGCAGAAGACAUGGCGGCGUACAACACGUUCCUGAUGGGAGAAAACAUUUUUAUCGUGAUAUCUCAGAUUCUUUCGAUCACCGGAAACGGAUUUAUCAGUUAUUUGUUCCUAAAGUGGGUGCUGCAACCAAAUUAAGUUGAUUUUAGAAGAAAUAGACUGCGUAAGAUCCACGGCCUCCAAAUGCUCUGGAUGCUGAGCAUUACAGACUUAGUCUUUGCCAUCGCUGGUAAGUAAGCGUUAUGUUGGAAUGAGUGAUUCUGCAUGAAUGACAAAAAUUAUUUCCAAAACUUUAGUAUUUCCCUACAUGAUCUACUACAUAGCUUACUGGCAUCCAGACCGCCUGGACUAUGACGGAAUCCUCGUGGUAAAGCUUAGCUUACCUCUUACCCUGCAAUACAAAAUCACUUUAAUCAUUAGCCUUGGGAUUGCGCUAGAUCGCUGUCAGGUAAACAUUACUCGUUCCUUGGCAUUCCUCAAGCCGUUUUUUGACACUCCGAAUAACAAUAAAUUCUUUCAGGCCCUGUUCUUCUCAACACGCUACCGGCAAAGGCAGAGCAACAAGAGUUAUGUUGCGUCAACAAUCCUUAUUGGUGUUGGUUGGGGAACCUUUGACUGCAUUCUCGAGCUAAGUAUGGAUCCCGUCCAGCAUAACCCUGGCUGCGCUGCAGUCGGUUGCUUUAACAGCCUGGAUUACAGACGGUACUGGGGGACAAGCAAUAUGGCAAGCUUAACGUUUUAUUAGAUUUUUGCUUAGAAGAACCGCAACUUAACAAGAUUUUUUUUAGUUGUUAAGUCUGGUAAUGCUGCUGCUAACGCUGGUUUUGGGUGUCAAGUUGAAGAUGAUUACAUCCGCAAACACUAACGCCAUUCUUGUUAAAAGCAGCAACGAACGGGGCCAAAGACAGGUAUGUAGUCUUUGUUUUUUCAACCAAAAAAAACAUUACGUAGACCUUUGCGGAAAAACAUUUUUCGUAAGCUUGAUUAUAUUAUUCUUCGCGACAGUACUCCGAAAACCAAAUUCGUACUUUUAGGCGAACCGUCUAACGAUGGCGGUGAUAAUCAUCUCGGUUAUCUUUCACGCCAUCCCCAGCUCAUUAGUGGGCGUGGCGGAUUACUUCGGAGUCAACCUCUUCGCCAAGCUCGGGCCUUUCUACAUUGUCGGCCUGCUACUUGGCGGGGUCUGUAACUCCAUAGUCUACAUCACAUUACACAAUGAGCUGAGAAUGGCAACGAUUAACACGUUCACACGACAAAAGGAGGUGGCAACUUCAAUGCUAACAAACUCAAAAAGCCAGAUAACCAGAAUACCCACAAUGACGGCUACCUAG